CUCAGAAGUCUGUCACUUCCGCGAACCUUGUUACCCCGUGGAAGGCUUCACAUGAGGCAGAAUGGUCCAUAUCUGUGGGCAACUGCAUUGAUCUAUCAAAUUGUCAUCUCGGCCUCAUCGCAUCUCUGCCUCGCGAGCGCCUCGGCUGUUGGCUUUGGCCUCCCUAGGAGGACCCUGUCUGCGCAUUCGAGUGCACUUGGCGGCGGCAGCAGCUGCCGGCGCCGGCAGGUCGUGAUGAUAAAUGGCGAGAAGAAGCCAUCAAGCAUUCUGUUCGUGUGCCUGGGUGAGAUCCAGCGGGACAUUCAGACAGCAGAAGACACGCACAAACGACUGUCUGCUGUCUGAAUCUGUCCUGUUGUCGAGCCGUGCACUGCAGGCAACAUCAACCGCUCGGCAGCAGCUGAGGGCUAUAUGCGGUCCAAGCGGCCUUCACUGCACGUCGAGUCUGCAGGCACAGGAGGCCACUUCGCCGGGGCGGCUGCCGAUGACGACAUGCAGCUGGCGGCCAGGCAGAGAGGCGUGGACCUUUCGUCGCACAGGGCCAGGCAGGUCACUGACCAAGGUGAGUGACGCCUGGCAGGCCAGAAUUGAAUGAGGCCUGUGUGUGUGUGUGUGUGUGCAGAUUUUGUUCGUUUUGACAUGGUGGUGGCGAUGGACAGCAGCAACCUGCGCAGCCUGCAGCAGAGGUGCCCUGCCGCAUACCAGUCCAAGCUGCACCUCUUCUUGCCAAGUGAGUGUGUGCCGCCCACACACACACAUCCACUUACACGUGAAGCCUCCCUCUCACACUUUUUUCUCUUUGGUCCUCUCUGCCGUGUCUGCCGUGUGCUGUGCUCGUAGAGUAUGCGUCGCAUCUCGGCCUGUCCGACACGCCAGAUCCGUGAGCCACGCGACACACAUGCAGAGAGGCAGACGCACUCACUCACCAUGGAAGCUUAGCACUCAUCCGUGUGGUGUGCGAGUGUCUGUGUCUGUGUCUGUGUGGUGUCAGGUACUAUGAGGGGGGCCAUCUGAGAGUCUUUGAUAUCAUCUCACAAGGUACGGUGACGAACGCAUUGACACACGAUACGGUCCAUCCUCUCGUCCAUCCAUCCAUCCAUCCGGCUUGCGCCUCGCCGUGUGCAGGGAUUGAUGGCCUGAUUGCGUCCGAGAAACUCUGA